AUGGACAAUUCCAAAAUGAACUCUUUUUUGGAGUACACAAUUUGUAACCGUGGGACGAACGCCUACUCGCCCAAGGCUGGAUAUAACCACUUAGACCAGGCGUUCUCGGGCCCAUUCCACAGCGGACACACGAGUGACAGUUAUAACGCUGAUGGACGACUUUACGUAGGGGGUAGCAACCAGCCAGCAGUACAACAUCAGCACCAGAGCGCGGUCUACGCGCAUCACCAGCACCAAACGCAUCAAAGUGGCAUUAGCCUCAAUUACGGUGGCACGGGGAAUACGAGUUACGGGAACCAGGCCUGUGCCAAUCCGGACUAUGCUCAACACCAGUAUUUCGUCACCCCUGAGCAGGAUGGAAUGUAUUAUCACUCAUCAGGUUUUUCGACCUCAAAUGUGGGCCCUCAUUAUGGCUCUAUGGCUGGCGCAUACUGCGGGGCACAGGCAGCCGUUCCAGCCGCACGUUAUCAACAUCAUAGCUGCGAAGGUCAGGACCAGCAGAGGGGCUACUCACAAGGCACCUACGUCGACUUAACGACUUCGAAUGAGAGGGACACGGACCAGUCCUCACCUGGGAAGACAUUCGAUUGGAUGAAAGUCAAAAGGAACCCCCCUAAAACAGCUAAAGUGGCAGAGUUCGGACUGGGCCCGCAAAACACCAUUCGGACCAAUUUCACAACCAAACAACUCACAGAGCUCGAGAAAGAGUUUCACUUCAGCAAGUAUCUCACGCGAGCGCGGAGAGUGGAAAUCGCUGCCACGCUCGAGCUGAACGAGACCCAGGUGAAAAUAUGGUUCCAGAACCGCCGAAUGAAACAGAAGAAGCGAGAGAAGGAGGGACUCGCUCCUGCAUCGUCUGGCAUGUCUAAAGACCUCGAAGAUCAAUCCGAUCACUCAACUUCUACAUCUCCAGGAGCUUCUCCAAGCCCGGAGUCCUAA